CCUUUCCUUUCGAGGUAUGGCUGUCAUGGGAGGCCAGUCAAUGGAAAAUGCCUUUGACUGGAGGCAAAAAUAUCACCAGUUCAAAGUUAUAGAUCCAUGAGCACUUGCGUCUCUGUUCAUUCAGAUUGGAUUACCCGAAUUUCUGCGGCUCACUGAAAAAAUGACAUCCUCAUGCUUGGGUGCUCACAAAGUGACACUUCGGCACUUGGUUCAUCAGCCAAUGUACAGAAAUAUGCAGCAUUCUGGAGUUGGAAUGUUAGGUGGCAAUGCGGUAGCCUUUCCUUGUUCGAAGUCUAUAAGUUGCGGGUCUUAUGGAGCUGGCAGGAUAGGAACCAGGUGUCGAGCGCUAUCUGUUCAGGCUGUUAUUGUUGAAAAACAAGAAUCCCCAAUAAAGUUUCAGACUGGUACUUGGACAUGGAGUUUUGAAAAUAAGCCUCUAAAAAUAUAUUUUGAGGAACAUAAAAGAAAUGGCUCUGGCCCUUUCAAGGAUAUCAUUAUGCUUCCAACAAUCUCUGAUGUGAGUACCACAGAUGAAUGGAAAGCAGUAGCAAAAGAUCUCUCAAUGCAAGAACUAGCUGAAAAUUGGCGGACUAUAAUUGUUGAUUGGCCUGGAUUUGGUCUUUCUGACAGGCCUUCCAUUCAGUAUAAUGCAGAUUUGAUGGAAAAAUUUCUAGUGGACUUUCUAUGUGCUGCAGAUAGCUUGUUUAAGUCAUCAGAUACUGAAAGAGUGAUUGUUGGAGGUGGGCAUGCAGCAACCAUAGCUGUACGUGGAGCCACUAAAGGUUUAGUCAAUGUGUCAGCUAUUAUUGCUGUUGCUCCUACUUGGGCAGGGCCAUUACCUAUUGUGUUUGGUCGAGGGUCUGACAUGGAGACCAGAUAUGGACUGUUAAGGACCACCCUACGGGCACCUGCCCUUGGUUGGAUGAUGUAUAAUGUUCUUGUUAGCAACCAGAAAAGCAUUGAAUCACAAUAUAAAUCCCAUGUGUAUGCUGAUUCCAAGAAUGUGACUCCAUCCUUAGUUGAAAGCAGGUAUGCUUUGACAAAAAGGGAAGGUGCCCGCUAUGCACCAGCCGCUUUCUUGACUGGCCUCCUAGAUCCUGUUCAGUCAAGGGAGGAAUUUUUGGCACUCUUUGCUGGUCUAGAAGGCAAGGUUCCUACUUUGAUUAUAUCAACGACAAAUUCACCAAAGCGGUCUAAAGCCGAGAUGGAGGCUCUUAAAGGUGCCAAGGGGGUUUCCAAAUUUGUAGAAGUACCAGGUGCUCUUCUUCCACAAGAGGAAUACCCAUCCGCUGUUUCAGUUGAACUACUAAAGUUUAUAAAUGAAUUAUAAGUAAAGGCUUUGUUGUUUUACUUUAUGUUUUUUCAUAAGCUUGCAGACAAAUUUUCUUAUCUGUUACAUUUUACACUUGAAAUAAAGGAAAAUGUGUACAUUGAGAUCAGGUCAAAAUAGCACAAGGGUCACACAGAUUAUGCAUUUCAAAUUGUGCAUGAUAUUGUCGGAUGUAACAUUAAUUAUCAGCUUGAAGUGUUUCUUUUCUGACCUUCUAAGUAGGUUUGGCAGAACUUAUGCUUUGCAAUUUUAUGCAAAGUAACAUAUUUUAUGCUUUAAUUCA